UGGGGUGGGGUGGGGUUGGGGGGGAGGGGGCGACCGCCGGGAGCCGCCAUGGCCGGUAGUGACGAAGUCAACGUCAACGAAUCUAAGAGUGUCGUCCCUCUCAACACUUAUGUCCUGAUCUCCAACUUCAAGGUAGUAUACAAUCUCCUCCGCCACCCCGACGGGACCUUCAACCGCGAAUUGGACGAUUUCCUUGACCGGAAGGUCCCCGCGAACACCAUACCAGUCAAUGGGGUCUUCUCCUUCGAUCAUGUGGAUCGGUCGACCGGGCUCCUCAACCGGGUCUAUUUGGCCGCCCCCGAAAACCAGGCCCGCUGGGGGAUCAUUGACCUCGAGAAGCCCUUGAGCACCACCGAGGUCGUCCCGGUCAUCAUCUUUUUCCAUGGUGGGAGCUUCACUCAUUCCACCGCGAGCACCGCCAUUUACGAUACGCUGUGCCGGCGGUUUGUGAACAUCUGCAAGGUUGCGGUCGUCUCUGUAAAUUACCGACGGUCGCCCGAAUAUCGGUACCCGUGUGCCUACGAUGACGGGUGGGCCGCCCUCAAGUGGGUGAAGUCGAGACCGUGGCUCCAGAGCGGGAAGGACUCAAAGGUCUAUGUGUACUUGGCCGGAGAUAGCUCGGGCGGCAAUAUCGUGCACCAUGUAGCUGUGAAGGCGGCCGAUGAGGGAGUCGAGGUUUUGGGUAAUAUCCUCCUCCAUGCUUUGUUUGGCGGGCAAGAGAGAACGGAAUCGGAGAUGAGAUUGGACGGUAGGUACUUUGUCAGGAUUCCCGACCGCGAUUGGUACUGGCGAGCUUUCCUCCCGGAAGGGGAAGAUAGAGACCACCCGGCGUGCAACCCCUUCGGCCCACGGGGCAGGAGCCUUGAGGGGCUCAAGUUUCCGAAGAGCCUCGUGGUCGUGGCGGGCUUGGAUCUCCUCCAGGACUGGCAAUUGGCCUACGUAGAAGGGCUCAGGAACCAUGGCCAUGAGGUGAAAUUGCUGCACCUGAAGGAGGCGACGAUUGGCUUCUACUUCUUGCCGAACAAUGACCAUUUCUAUCGGCUCAUGGAGGAGGUGAACGAGUUUGUCCAUCCUGACUGUUAAUACGGCCUCUUCUUUGCCUGGCGGCGAAAAAUACAUCACAGCAGCUUUGACAUUUCAAGACUCUGGUUAUUCUUUUGCAGCGAAAAGGUGUGUAGUUAUAGGGGUUGUGCAAUAUUACUUACCCUUUUUUCUAAUUUCCCUGUUUUUUACCAUUUUCUCGUGGCGGUUUGAGGAUUCUGUUGCGAUGGAGGAGAUCGGUCUCCUCUGUUUCCGAUCUCGCAAGAAGCUGACACUGAUGUAUACAAUAUUGGGAUGGCUCAAAUGGAUCGUGUUGGAAACUUCAGAACUCAUUGCUUGGGAAUCAUCUUUGGGCAUCGAACGUGCGAAUCAUCUCGGUUAGGUUCGGUUCGGGCCGCGAUUGGCUGGGCGGUAUAGCCGGAGGUACCACAUUUGGCUGGUCAUGAUUCUGUUCCUGAGUGAAAGGAGUAUGUUGUCAUUGUAAUCACUGAUUCAGAAAAAAAAUCUCAGAUUACUUUGAUUCCACCGUGCUGUGGAGGUGUAUGUUAUACUUUGACCUAGAAAUGAAAAGAUAUCUUUUUUUCUU